GGCUCGUGAGGCUUUUAAGCCCUGAACGACGUCUCACAGGCUGCAGUGCCUCCAAGGCUGCAGCCCGCCUCUACCAGCUAAACCAAUCAAAUAACAGGAAACUGGAAUCCCGCCCCUUGAGAACACAGCCAAUCAGAUUAAAUCAAGGAAUUUCGAGCGCGCAGUUUCACUUUAUUUUCUUUUUUUCAGUGAGCUAGCACAGUAUAACUGCUACAUUUUGGAUUUUUGGAAAGGCUGCUGGUCUGUGUUUCUACAGUCAACCACUUAUUAUGAUGGAAGAAUUUUGGGAAAAGGCUGUGGAUGAAAAAAUACGUAAGGACAAAGAUCCUCGAAUUCAGCGAACAAUUAAAGUAAUGAACAAUGAAUCACAAGAGACUUUUAUGAAGAAUCACUUGCAAUAUAUGAGAAAUGAGAACAAGGGAAAUUUUACUUACAGGAAAAACAGACCAAAUGUUAUACAGUGGAGGUGUGAGCGCUCCAACCAUUCAUCAGGAAGCUCCUCUGGCAACCCAGAAAAGACACGUGCAAAUUCUUGUACAGCUUAUGUGUCCUUUCAGUUCAUUACUAUGAACAACACACAUGGAUGCAUAAUAAGAGCUUUGCUUGAACAUAAUGGCCACAACCUUAAUAAUCACAAGGAAAAAUCUGUGAGCCAUAUUGAUGAAGACUUACUACAAAUUAUUUAUGAAUGGUUGUCACAAGGGCUUUCCAACUGUGCCAUUCUGGUAAAAUCCGUUGAAUGGGCAACCAAGAAUGGAAAAACAAACCUUUUGGACAGAGGGUAUUAUGUCACACCUCAAGACAUCAGAAACAUCAGGAAGACUUUUAAUUUGGAGCAACGAAUGGAUGGCAAUGACUGCAUCUCUGUGGGCAAAUUGGUCAAAUCAGAUUUAAAGGACAGCAUUCUUUAUUAUCAGCCCCUAUCACAUGCAGAGAAACAGCCACUCAUGAUUGUGUAUAGUUCACCCUGGCAGUUGGAGCAGUGUAAAAAAUUUGGACCCACAAUGAUAUUUUUGGAUGCUACCUAUAAAGGAGUCACCCAGUAUGGUUUUGCCUUUUACGCUGUACUGGUAAAGAACUCAGAAGGUCAAGGGAUACCAGUCUCCUUCUUCAUUCUAAGUGAAGAAUCCUCUGACAUAUUAAAGGUUUGUCUCCAGAAGCUGCAUGAGGCUGCAGACUGUUUAACACCAAGAUGUGUGAUGGUUGACCGUGACAUGAAAGAAAUAAAGGCAAUCAAAGCUGUCUUCCCAAAUACUUCAGUGUUACUUUGCUGGUUUCAUGUGCUACAAGCUGUACAUCGUUGGUUAAUGAGACAAGAGGGGGGAAAUCUCAGAGAUCCCUCAUUACGGAACACUGUAAUAAGAGGAAUGGUCUCUUUGAAGCAAUGCAAUACGGAGAUGGAGUUCCAGGAGCAUUCAGUAAAGAUUUUGUCAGACAUUGAGAGAGAGACAAAAAGUGCACGGGUGUCUGAUUACCUCAAGGAACACUGGCUUAACAUAGGUGUCAUGUGGUCAAACUUCGGCCGCCAAGUUUUCCACCAUCACAGUGAGACCAACAAUGUGGUGGAAAGAUUCUUUUUUGGAAUGAAGUACAACUUCCUUGCUGGGUAUGCCAACAAAAGGGUGGAUGAUCUUCUUCUUGUACUUAGCAGCCAUGUUGUUAAGUAUUACAGUCACCUAGAUGCUUUGAAGGCAGCAGGUCGUUUGAGACCCAAGACUUCAGAUGCUCUACUGGGAGUUGAGAGGAUGAAAUCACGUGGACUUGACCACAGUGUCUCUUGGCAGUGUGAGGGAAAGUGUAAUGUUCCCUCAGAAACAGUACCUGGUCGUAUGUAUCUUGUAGAUUUGGUGUACACUACAUGCACUUGUGAAUAUGCAAACCUGGGUAACAUGUGUAAACAUGUAUUACUUGCAAAGUGUGUCUCAGCCAGCAGUGACAUAGAUGUGAAUGGAUUACGACAAACAAAAGCUGACAUUUUGUACUCUAGAAAUGAAUAUGUCCUUGAUAAAUUAACAGUUGUAGUGCACAGCAAUGGUCACAUUGGCAUAGUAAAUAUGAAAAACAUGCAGUGCUCUUGCUUGUCAAAUAGUCAUGGAGAGGUUUGUGUGUGCUUGACCCUCGCACAAAAAUUAGUUGGAAACACUGACCUUGAGGAAGUAGGAAUGUGUGUGACUGAUUCAGGCCCAACUGAUUCAGAAGAGCCUCUGACAAAAUGGUGCAUAAAAGACAUGGUGAGUGAUUUGAACAGUUGGUGUAACAGUACUGACUAUAAGACCUCCCUAGAGGUUUAUUCAGGUGUUAAGCAUGUGCACAAACUGGUAUUUGGAAGGUACACAGCAGUAACAAGAAAAAGGAAAAUUGAGAGGCUCCACAGCUAUAGGAGACGUGUUGAGUUGGCAAAAAAGCAUCUGCAUGAUAUGCACAAUUAUUCUUUUUCUGAAAGGGGAAAGAGGCAAAAUCAAACCCAACAUAGUGAUGGAAAAUUCAAAAGAAAAAGAUCAAAUCGGAAGACUAGGGUUAGAUAAAUAUGUAAAUAUAUGGACCUCUAUGCUCCUCUGUAUGGAGGCUAUGUGUCAGAACAAAACUAUGUAUUUGAAUUGUUACAGAAAAAUUAUUUUAAAAAAUCUUAAAUCUGAGUGAAAUUCAAUAUAGGAAUAUUUAGAUUAUUUCUAGGUUUCAGUUUGACACAUAAUCUUUGCACAAUUUAAAAGGCAGCUGGUGAUUUUGAAUAAAUUAUAAUGCACCGGAAUAUCAAAUCAGAACAACAGAUACACUGUUUUAAUCUUAAACCUAAUUGGAUUAACACCAAUUCCAAAUUUUCAAUUAUAUUGUGUAAUAAUGAUUAUCUUUGGGAUUAAAAAAAAAAUCUGAUUAGCUCUAUGUUACAACUAUACACACAAUAGCUGUCUGGAAUAUAACAUACAGUAACUUUAUAGUUUUUAUUUACUUUUGUGCAGAAACAUGAAAUACAGUGGCCAGUGUUAAUAUGGAAUAUUGAUUACUAAUGCUUGCAUGAACGGUGAUUAGAUUACAAUGUAUAUACUGUUUGUCUGAAAAUGUACAGUAUAUGUGGUAGAUACAUGUACUUAAAAGUAAAACACCUCUUAAUUGUAGAACAGAAACUUUGCAAGUAAAAUGUUUUUUUUUAUUAUUAAAUGGUAUAAUGAUGUACAGUGUGAAUU